ACAAGUGAAACAUAGAGGCUGCGGGUCGAUAAUGCCACUUUAUCCUCAACAUGUGGCGGGCGAUGCGGCUGUAAAUAACAUGGGGGCUGCUGGGGGUCAACUUACAUAACAAACAGCAUCACAACCACUGAUGUGUGCGGGGGGCAGCUGUGGAUACCAUAUUGGACACUCGUUCUUCCAAGCAUCAGCUUCUCAUUUGGAAGGUCGGUGUAAGGUUUCUCUCCCUCCGCCCUCGGACAGACCGAGCUUCCAGCCUGCAAGGAGAGAGUUCUCAAGUGUUCAUUCUCAGUGAAGAUUCAAUCAUUGCAGUCCAGCCAAUGCUCUAUCUUUUCUCCACCUACCCGGUGCAAACAAGAAGUCAAUAGCAUCUACUUUUUAACAAAAAACUUUGAUUGGACCCAAAUACAAGACUCCACAAGACCCUACAAAGUUGUGUGACUCCUUUUUUUUGGAACCAACCGCCAUCAUGGGGGCCACAGGCUAUGGCUAUUAUCGCACUGCCAUCUUCUCCUGCAUGUUCAUUGGCUACUCGCUGUACUUCUUCAACAGGAAGACCUUCUCGUUUGUCAUGCCCUCUGUGAUGGAGGAGAUUGAAUUGGACAAAGAUGACUUGGGUCUGAUCACCAGCAGCCAAACCAUGGCCUACGCCAUCAGUAAGUUCAUCAGCGGCGUGCUAUCGGACCAGAUCAGCGCCCGCUGGCUCUUCUCCAUCGGCCUCUUCCUGGUGGGCGGCAUUAAUGUGGUGUUCUCCUGGUCCUCCACCGUCCCCGUGUUCUCCCUGCUCUGGUUCAUCAACGGCCUGGGUCAAGGCUGCGGCUGGCCCCCCUGUGGCAAAGUACUGCGCAAGUGGUUUGAGCCCUCCCAGUUUGGAACGUGGUGGUCCGUGUUGUCCUGCAGUAUGAAUCUAGCCGGGAGUCUGGGUCCAAUCCUGGUCACUAUACUCCUGCAGUACUACAACUGGAGGACUAUCUUGACUGCAUCUGGGAUCUUCUGCGCCUCCUUCUCGUUGGUUUGUGUGGUGUUCAUAAAGAACGAGCCAAAGGACGUGGGCCUGCCCAGCAUCGAGGGAGCAGCCAAGAAGGGGGCCAAGGGGGGCAACGGGGAGAGCACCCUGAGGGAGUUCCUCCUCUCACCAUUCCUGUGGGUGCUGUCUCUGGGCUACUUGGUGGUGUUUGGGGUGAAGACAGCUGCCACUGACUGGGGACAGCUGUUCCUUAUGCAGGAGAAGGGCCAGACUGUUCUCAUGGGGAGCACCUACAUGAGUGCCUUGGAGGUGGGGGGUUUCGUGGGCAGCCUUGCGGCAGGGUUCCUCUCGGAUCGAGCUGUAGCUCGGCAAGGGUUGGGAACCCACGGCAACCCUCGUCACAGACUGCUCCUUUUCAUGAUGGCCGGUAUGUGCGUGUCCAUGUACCUUUUCAGGGUUACAAUCACACUUGAGAUGCCACAGGAGGCUCCUCUUUGGGUCCAAGUCCUUCAUCCUGUCUCUGUCCUCGUUGGUGUAUCAGAAAAAGAGAUCUGGAUCCUCUUCCUCGGUGCCAUGUUUGGAUUUUCUUCCUACGGACCAAUUUCCUUGUUUGGGGUGAUAGCCAGUGAAAGUGCUCCUUCAAAUUUUUGUGGAACCUCUCAUGCUGUUGUAGCUCUGAUGGCUAAUGUUGGGGCUUUUAUGGCAGGCCUUCCCUUCAGCACCAUUGCCAAGCAACACAGCUGGGACACGGCCUUCUGGGUUGCCGAGGUCAUCAUGGCGGUUGCCACCGUCGGCUUCUUCCUUUUGCGCAACAUGCGCACCAAGAUGGGACGGUGGGAGAAAACAGACUAGUACAUCAUCCUGAAUUGAGCCAACUGUCGACAUCCUGACAUGUGACUAGAUGCACGGUGUUCUCACACUGUUGCUGGCUAGCCAUAAAAAAUACGGCAAAUUAAUACGCCAAUUAGAACAAACACAGAGGAAAUGUCUUUAGACUCACAAUGCUGUGCUUUCAUCACAUUCGAUCUAGAGAUAUAGUCUGGUCUGAUACCAACAAGAGAACUGGAUAUCUGUGACUUGGACAAUCUGGUACUGGGUACUAUUAUUUAAAAUGAAUUAUUGAAAUUUAUACAGUAUAUCAUAUACAGUAUAUUGGUAACAUUGUGUUUUACAAAGCAAUAUUUGAGUCAAAUGAUCCCAGUCUCUUCCACACAGUGAGGCAUACAUACUUAUUAAGUAAACACUAUUAUCGGAUCCGUACUUGGUACUAGUCGAGCCCUAAAGCCCAGGUAACAGUAUGAAAGUAACAAUAGUCAGAUCGGUGAUUUAUCAACACAAGGGUGGUGGGGUCUAGGAUUAAAUGGCAUUGAGUGGUGAGUUUGUAGAUUUCAACAAACUUAACACCCUUCCUUUGACCCUUCCCUUUCUGAGCAUGUCGAGAACUACAGUGGCCUUCAGGUAACGAAAACAACGCAAGAACAAGUGUUUGGUUUGUUCCUCCUGCUGAAGUAACACAGCAACAUGAAGUAAAUAAAUCAUUCUAAGCUAAAGAAGUAUUUUUAUUUUCAGGUGGUUGUAUACUCUCAUUAUUUUAAAACAUAUUUUAUGUUAUUUUAUUACAUUUCUACCAAAAAAUCCUAGAUACCAGCACACAAAGUUAGUUUUCCAGUGGAGCAAUUUAAGACAGCUGUGCAAAGGUUUUGAGCUGAUUUUGUCAAUGCGUGCUGCUGCACAUGUUUUCAUUGAGUGGAGGUCAGUUGGAUGUAAUGUGUUGAAUAUUUCUUAAUGGGCCUUUAUAUUCCAAAUAAUAUUUGUCUGGGGAUGUGCACUAAAGUCUUAGUAUGUAUCGUCGUCAUGAUUGUGAAAGGCUCAUUAUUUCAAUGAAGAAAUAGGAGAGCAUGUUAUGUUUAUACACCGCUGUGUUUGACGUGAUCCACAAUUUUACUCUUGAGCCUCGCCAUCUCGCGUGAUCAGAAGUGUCUUAGACAAACAUUAAAGUACAGAUGUUUAAUCACAGAAGUUUGAACUUUAUACUGUUAACUUAGUCAUUUCAGAAAUGACUUUUUUACAAAUUACUGGUGAUUAUACCAUUAACAUAUAAUAAAUGUGAAGUUGAGUUUAUUUGAUUUCACUAGUGGUAGUUAAACGUAUCGCCUGACAACUCACUGUGAGCUAUGUAUAUUGCUUUAACCAAUUCUGGAGAGAAAAAAAAGUUAUAGAAUCACCUUCGCCUUUUUUCAUCCUGUUCUCUGCUUUUUUGUUAAGAGCCAUGACUGUUUGCUCAGCCUAACCGAAAAAUGCCCCUGAACUAGCUAACUUAUAGCUUUUUGUUGCUUCACAUGAUCAAGUAGAGACAUGACAUUGGACAACAUCAGCACUCCCGACAAGCAUCUUUACAAAUCUAUAUAUAAAAUAAAUAAUUUAUUGAAUAGUUUUAAUGGUUUAUGAAGCACAAGCUAUUUUAUGAUAGAUUGCUACUGACUAUUUUACUAAUAAAGAAUACACAAACAAAGCCA